CAAAAAACGAUGUCAUUGGAUUUAGGUUAAAAGUUGGGUGAAAAAAAUACAAAAUGCUCUUAGGUUGAUUACUUUUUACAAAUCUAAUCAGUUUCCCACGUUAAUUCAACAUCAACACAUUUAUAUUUUUGGUUGAAAUGACGUGGAAACAAUGUUGAUUUAACCAGUUUUUGUCCAGUGGGUAUUUAAUCUGACAGGAGUGGGUGGACAUCAGGCAGUUAAGUACUUUGAGUCAUCCUUCCUCCUCACCACCCCUGCAGCACUGACUGUCUGUUUAUUCAUCAGCAAUAGUACUACUGAAGUAGAACUGAACUCUCUGAUAACCAAGGUUCGUAUCGUCAUGCUUGGAAACAAAGACUUUAACCUUCAAGUGGAGGAGGAUAACCCCCCAGUGAGCCGACUAACUGCUGCCAGAGAUGAGUCCCACUGCUCAUAGGACCAGGGAGAAAAGGCCCGUCUGGACCUCCACAGGGCCGAUCCUGGACAGCCUGGACAGCCAUGGCCAAGAGAGACUACUUGGUGGAGGCAGCCAAGCAGAUCCACAUGGCUCUGGACAGGGAGGUCAGUGAAGACUAUGAAGCUGCCUUCAGCUACUACAAGAACGGGGUUGACCUGCUUCUCAAUGGAGUUCAAGUGGACCCUAACAAGGAGCGCCGGGAGGCAGUGAAGAGGAAGACUACUCAGUAUCUGAAGAGGGCAGAGGAAAUCUUUAUCUCCCACCUGCAGGACAACCUGGGGAAGGGGAACUCUCACGUAGGGGGUUACAGUAGUCUGAGAUUCCGGCCAAUCAGACACCUGAGCUGCCCAGUGGAGGAUCUAGAGAUGUGUAAAGUGGUGGGGAUCAUCGAUAAGGUCCUGAUUGUCCAAAGCCUGAUUACCAAGGACACAUGUGUUGUUAAAAGCCUGCCCAAGUCGGGCUGGGAGAGCCGGGACCAGCCCACUAUCAUCCCCCAAGGCGUCCCCUAUAUGGUGAAGCUGCUGAAGUACUAUGUCAGUGAGGACGCUGUGUACCUGCAUCUGGAGCAUGUUCAAGGUGGAAAGCUUUUCUCCAAACUGUCCAAGGUCAGGAAAGACCGAGCCAAGGAGCACCCAGAAUGCUACAGUCCCAGCCAGCACAGGAUCAAACUGAAGAACAGCUACACCUCCCCUACCAUCAGCUCAGACUACACCUCCCCUACCAUCAGCUCAGACUACACCUCCCCUACCAUCAGCUCAGACUACCAGCAGAAUGACAGAGGGGGCACAUGGACAACCCCUCUCCUGGAGAGCGAGGAGAGCCCAGACACAGACUCCCCUGCAUCCUGGCACGAGGCUCAGCAACGCCUGGAGAGCUGCAGCACCCACUCCUACUGCGAGGAGACAGGCUGCCUGCAGAACAACUCCAGGUCUACAGCACCACACGCUCUGGCCACACAGCCCUCCUUAUCUGGGCCAAUGAGGACAGACAUCAGUCCCCAUAUCCAUCCAGCAGGCCACAGUCAGUGUUUGCACUCUGAAACUCAGGACAAGCCUGCUCUUCCUAGUCAUCUGUGCAUCGACCAGGCUCCUGAUGUCACCUCUGAGCCUUUUGGGAAGGCCACUGGAACAGAAAAAAUAGAAUCCAGUUUGGAUUUCAACGUGGUGUGGAAGGCUGCUGAUUCGACACAGAAUUGUGAGAGUUCAGCCCCAUAUGCAGUGACUGGUACUGACUCAGAUAUAGCUGCAGGUAAUCCUGUACCUCAAACAACUCAGACCUCUUCUGGUGGGACAGGGUCAACGGUGAACUUGAAGAAUCAUUCUAUCAGUUUGUGUUCACAGAGAAGUUCUGUUCCCAAUACAUUGCAAUUACCCCUCCAUAAUCGAAGCCAGGCUAGUGAGAGAGCAACUUUGACCUCCUAUGGCUCUCACCAAGGGAGUGUUUCAGGUAGAGACCUUGAAAACACUGUGGGUGUGGAGAUAUCCACACACCAGGGGGAGCAGGUAAACCAUCACACUACUGAGGAGAGCAUGGUGAACUCAGUAAGCAGGGACACAGAGACAUCCCAGCCUGGCAGAGUUGUGUGUCCCUCUACAGUAGACAAGCUGAAGCUCAUAAGGACAUCCUCAGGGAGCUCUCAACCCCCUUCUGUCCCUCACUGUCACAGUGCUGGGACACAGCAGGAGACCCAGCCAGGCAUCUCCCUGGCCCCCACAGGGGCGAAGUACCAUGUGGGGCCUCCUUGCAGAGAGCCAGGGGAGGAGGUGGAGGAGGGCUGGGAGCUGAGCCCUGUGAAUAAGGACAUCCCCCAAGGGAAAGGAUCACUGUGUGACCCCAACACGCCUGGCCCCACAGGAGCCUCCACACAGUGUCGGAAGGGGGACAUGGAUGCUUUCCUGAAGUCAAAGGGAUCAGAUGGACAGGGUGAGGAUCAGAUCAUUGAGGUGGAGAGCUGGUGCCACCUGCCCAAGUUCCCAGCCAAGGCCUCCAGAGGGAGAGACAGGGCCAGGCAGGGCUGCUGGGGGCUGCCUGAGGCAGAGGUGCGUCUGUUGGGGGCUCAGAUCCUCGUGGCCCUGGAGAGUCUUCACCAGCAAGGUGUCAUGUGCCGUGACCUCAACCCAAAGAACAUCCUGCUUACCAGCAUCGGAAAGGUCUGCCUGACAUUCUUUGGCCAGUGGAGUCAAGUUCAGUCAGAAAUCAACUCUAAAGCUAUGGAACAGAUGUACUGUGCACCAGAGAUUGGAGGUGUGUCCAAAAUCACAGAGGCUUGUGAUUGGUGGAGUCUGGGUGCAUUGCUAUUUGAACUUCUUACAGGAAUGCCCCUGUGGCAGUUCCACCCAGCCGGGGUGCAUUCUCACACCCAGCUCCUGAUCCCAGACCACCUGAGUACUGCAGCCGCCUCCCUGCUCACUGAGCUUCUGCAGUUUGACGCUGGUUAUCGAUUAGGCUCUGGAGGCGGUGGUGUGAGUGACAUCAAGUGUCACCCCUUCUUCAAUGGUGUCUCCUGGAAGGCACUGAGCAGUUAGCAGGUCAACAGACCAGGCUAUCUGUCUGUAGCCUGAAUGCAGCCUGAAAAGUUCUCUGCAGCCAAGUAAAGUUGGGCAGCCACUGCCCCCUUGUGGCUAAAAUAAUUGAAGCCCUAGCUCUGUAGCGACUUCCUGAGUAUAAUAAUAAUAUAAUAAUAUGCCAUUUAGCAGACGCUUUUAUCCAAAGCGACAACCGUGCAACAACCAACCUCUGCCUGCUGUGUUCUUUGUAACCUCCAUGUUUGAAUGAUAGAGGCUAGUGUAAACCUCACCUGGUCUUUUGACAUACAGUAGGGCAAAAUGUACUCCUGGGUGACUUUUUGGGUACUUCUGUUGUAGAAAUGACAUGCAAUACUACUACUGUUAACAUAUCCAUGUAUAUCAUCACCAAGCAUGAAAACUGAUGUUUUUCAAUGUCAAAUACUUUUUGGACAGUCAGCCAAUAAUGGUUGUGAUAAACAGCGUUGACAAUAAGGUUCAUAAAAUGAAGCAAUGCAUAUGUGCUGUGUUAGUCUUUGAUACACACUCAUGGUCAGCCUUUUUUCUGGUCAUCUGUACAUAGCCUAUAUCAGGGUUUUCCAAACUCAGUCCUGGGGCCCUCCCUGGGUGCACGUUUUGGCUUCUGCCCUAGCUUGAUGAGUUGGUUAUUUGAAUCACCUGUGUAGUGCUAGGGCAAAAACUAAACCGUGCACCUAGGGGGAGCCCCAAGACCAAGUUUGGGAAAUCCUGGUCUAUGACUAUUUUUACCACAGCUCAGACAGUCUACCCACUUCCUGACUUGUAAGUGAUGUGGCGUGUUCUCAGUCUCUUUUUAAAUGUCUCCAUUUCUUUUAAGCUUCCAAGGCCUGGCAAUAUCUAUUUUAAACUACACACCAGCCACCUGGUUUCUGAAUUGCUCUUAUCGGCAGUCAUUUUGACAGCAUUCUGUAAAAAAGGCAAGUGUCUGUGUAAACAGAAAACAAAAUGCAUAGUUAAGAUUUCAUUGGUAAAAAUAUUAUUUUUUUAACAGCAGAAACAUUUUCUUAGUGAGCGUGAAUCAGAUGUCAGGACCCAUUGAUUUCAUCAGUGUAACAAAGCAUCAACAACCUGUACCAUGAACAUCUUAGGCUAUAGUGAUGUUGCAGUCCAUCUUGUGAUAGGUAACAAUUGUUAUUUUCUCAGCAAAAAUAAAUGAAAAAUACUUAAUGCAA